AUGGGACAGAGCAGCAAUGUCACAGAAUUUAUUUUCCUGGGCCUUACUCAGGAUCCUGCUGCUCAAAAAGCAUUAUUUGUCUUGUUUUCGCUCAUCUACAUUGUGACUAUGCUGGGCAACCUGCUCAUUGCAGUGACAGUGAUUGCCAGCCCUUCUUUAAACUCCCCGAUGUACUUCUUUCUUGCCUGUUUGUCACUCCUGGAUGCUUUUUAUUGCAAUACCGUUUCACCAAAUUUGAUUAUAGACUUACUAUAUAAUAAAAAGACCAUCUCCUUCAAAGCAUGCAUGUUCCAGCUCUUCACGGAGCACUUUUUUGGUGGUGUUGAGGUCUUUCUUCUUGUAUUCAUGGCCUAUGAUCGCUAUGUGGCCAUCUGUAAGCCACUGCACUAUUUGACCAUUAUGAACAAACAGGUUUGUAUCAUCCUUUUGCUGGUAGCUGGGGUUGGAGGCCUAGUGCAUUCAAUGAUUCAAGUUUUGACAGUGUAUAAACUUCCUUUCUGUGGUCCCAACAUUAUUGAUCACUUCAUGUGUGACAUGAACCCAUUGCUGGGGCUUGCGUGCACUGACACGUACUUCCUUGGCAUCACUGUCGUUGCCAAUGGUGGAGUAAUCUGCGUGGGAAUUUUCACCUUUCUCUUAGUCUCCUAUGGAAUCAUUUUAAGCUCAGUUAAGACUCACAGCCAGGAAGGGAGGCGCAAAGCUCUGUUUACCUGCUGCUCCCACAUCAUGGUGGUUGUCUGCUUUUUUGCUCCCUGUACUUUUAUAUAUGCUAGACCCGCCCACAACUUUCCUAUUGAUAAAUAUAUUGCUGUGUUUUAUAUCGUCGUAAGUCCCAUGCUGAAUCCACUGAUAUAUACCUUGAGAAAUUCUGAGAUGAAAAAUUCUAUAAAAAGGCUUUGGUGUAAAACACAAACAACAUAA